AUGAUUUCUUGGUUUUUAUUCGUUUAUGCAUUAGCUGUUGAUACUGUGGAUUGUAAUCUAAAAUAUCAAUACGACAAUUAUUUGAUAGCAAGUGCUGUUGAUCCUGACCAAACAAGGUCAAUGGUUAUAACCAAAAAUGGUAGUGUCUUUAGUAUUGAAAAAAUUGGCUUGUCAUUUGUUGUAACUGAGGUGGUUACCAAUUUAACAGUAGACCAUCCUUCUUUCAUGUGUUAUGAAAAGAAUAUUUUUAUUUGUGAUUCUAGAAAUGGAAGUUGUUAUUCAAUAAUGACAGGUAGUUCUGACAAGUUAUUAACUAUGGAAACAAAUAUUACUGGACUAGGAGAGUCAGUGAUAAUUAGUGGGGAUUAUGGAAUAAUAGGGUCUAUUUAUGAAUAUUAUAAAGGAUAUUCUUGUGGUUGUGUUAAAGUUUAUGGAUUAAAUGGAGUAUACAUCCAGACAUUAUGGCCAUUAAAGCCACAUGAUGAUAUGAAAUUUGGACAAAGACUAGCUUCAAAUGCAAAUUUUCUUGCUGUAGGAAAUGGGGAAAAUACUGUUGAUCUUUUUAUUUAUCGUAAUAACAAAUUUGAAUAUCACUCAACAUUAACCUCUCCUUUAACAGGGAUUCAUGAUAAUUUUGGUAGUUCCAUUUCUAUCUUUGGUUAUUGGAUUGCUGUAUCAUCAAGUUUAGGAAAUGAAUUUAAUGGAAUAGUAUUUUUAUUCAAGUACAAUGAAACAAUAGAUACUUUUGAAUUCUAUCAACAACUUACAACCCCAUAUGAUGAUGUUGAUUGGUUUGCUUCAAAGUUUGGAGAGUCUGUUCAAUUUUUUGGAACUAGACUGAUUAUUUCAGCUCCAAACCUCUCUGUUUAUGGAAUGGAUUCUGUAGGAAGUGUCAUUUUCUUCAUAUUAGAUAAUAACAAAUUUGUUCCAGAAAAAUGGGUUAUACCUUCACUCAGAAAAAAUAGCAUGCAGUUUGGUUCUAUCAUUCAAAAGCAAAUUAAUACAGUAUUUAUAUUCACUAAUGAAUUAAAACCCAAAAUGUGUCAAUUCAAAAACAGUUUAUCUGAAACACAUGAAAUUAUUUUUAAGUUAAGUUUAAAUAUUACUGAAUCAGAUAACAUCACAUCAUUAUUUACUCAAAUAACAUUUAAUGUUGCCAAUAGUCUUAGUAUCAAUAAAAAUAAGUUUGCUUAA